AUGGGUUUGGCCCUGUGGAAGCUGCAGAGCCACAGGGUCCCAGGGGCAGUGGGCAAGCCCUGCUACCUUCACCAUCUCCUCUCCUUCCCUCUAGGUCAGCUGAAGCUGUCUGUCGAGGUGCAGGGCCGGAUCCUGGUGCUGCAUGUCAUGGAAGCAAAAGGUCUGAUGGGCAAGGAGUGCCGGACAUGCGACUCCUAUGUGAAGAUGUCGAUCGUGCCAGAUACUGACUGGAAAUGCAGGCAAAAGACGAAAACUGUGCCAGACAGCAAAAAUCCCGUCUUCCACGAGCGCUUUCUUUUCCCAGUGCAAGAGGAGGAUGAGCAGAAACGUCUCCUGGUCACAGUCUGGAACCGAGAGAGAAAUUCCAGACAGAGUGAACUGAUCGGCUGCAUGAGCUUUGGCGUCAAGUCCCUCCUGACCCUGGACAAGGAGAUCAGUGGCUGGUACUAUCUCCUCGGAGAGGACCUCGGCAGGACCAAGCACCUGAAGGUGGCCACACGGCGGCUGAAGCAGAUCAGAGAGCCGAUGCCGGGAGGGAGAGACAGCAACUCUGGUGUCUCUCUUCAGAUUACGAUCCCUCGAGGAAGCGAUGGGUUUGGCUUCACGAUCUGCUGCGACUCCCCAGUCCGUGUGCAGGCAGUGGACUCUGGUGGUCCAGCAGAAAAGGCCGGUCUGCAGCAGCUCGACACGGUGCUGCAGCUGAAUGAGCAGCCUGUGGAGCACUGGAAAUGCGUGGAGUUGGCACACGAAAUCCGGAACUGUCCCACUGAGAUCAUUCUGCUGGUCUGGAGGCUCGUCCCACAGGUAAAGUCAGGACAUGAAGGCAUGAUCCGCAGGUCAUCCUGCAAGUCUGCCUACGACCUUCAGUCACCACCCAACAAGCGGGAAAAGAACAGCUCCGUGCCUCUGCGGCCUGAGCAGCGCCGGAGCUGCCACAUCCUCUAUGAUGGGAGCGAUGGGCUGGUGCUCAACAACUGGGAGAGGUACACGGAGAUCGGCAAGCGGAGCCAGAACACCAUGCCACCCCUGUCCCGGGUCCCCUCCACUGCGGACCAGAACUACAUCAUCUUAGCGCCUUUGAACCCAGGGAGCCAGCUGCUGAGGCCUGUCUAUCAAGAGAACAACACUACUGCAGAAAAUGGAAAUGCAUGUAAAGGGAAAUCACACAUGGGGUCUGGGAGAAAAUCCAGGCUGAUGAAGACUGUGCAGACGAUGAAGAGCUACGGGAACUACCAGAACUGUACCAUAGUGAGGCCACACAUCCCACACUCCAGCUACGGCACCUAUGUGACACUGGCUCCCAAAGUGCUGGUGUUCCCCGUCUUUGUGCAGCCCCUAGAUCUUUGCAACCCAGCCCGGACUCUGCUUCUGUCAGAGGAGCUGCUGCUUCAUGAGAGCAGGAGCAGGACUAUACAGGUGACCCUCUUUGUCUACUCCGACCUGCUGCUCUUCACCAAGGAGGACGAGCCCGGGCGCUGCAACGUGCUGAGGAACCCUCUCUACCUGCAGAGUGUCAAGCUCCAGGAGGGUGAGUGUUCAGAAGAUCGGAAAUUCUGCAUCCUUUACCUUGCAGAGAAGUCGGAGUGCUUAUUAAGUUUGGAGGCUUACUCCCAGGAGCAGAAGAAGAGGAUCUGCUGGUGUCUGGCUGAGAACAUCACCAAGCAGCAACAUCCGGCAUCGGCUCCUACGGAGAACAAGGUAAGCGACCCAUUCGGGAGCUCGAAAACCCCGCUCGGAGCAUGCAAAUCCAGCUGUUUUGAGAACGGGGCAGAUGUCGCAGAUGGGGCUGAGGAGGGGACAGAGUGGGUCCUCUACAUGCUCAGAGGUAUGCUGGAGACGGACGCUGAGAAACCGGGGCAGAUGCACUCGGAGGAUGGGAAGGCAGCAGCGGGUGAUGCUCCUCCAGCUGCAGAGGCACCAACUUCAGCCAAGCCCUGGGAAGCUCUAGGAGCCACCCAGAGUCCUCUGCUGGCAGAAAAGCAGCCAGCGACCACCGAGAAGGGAGAGGAGCAGCCCAGCUCCCUACCAGCCUUCGUCAUCCCUGAGCUGCGGCUCGACAGCACCUUUAGCCAGAGCGUGGCCGGCAUGGCAGGCAGCACCACAGACGGUGAGGAUGAGGAUGAGGAGGAGGAAGAUGAAGAUGAGGAUGAGGAAGAUGAGGAGGAGGACAGCGACGAGCACUACUUGGAGAGGAAUGAGAUGAAGCGCAGCAGCAUGAUCGAGACGUCGGGCUGUCAGCCCGUCUACACGCUGAGCGUGCAGAGCUCCUUGCGGCGCCGGACCCACAGCGAGGGCAGUUUGCUGCAGGAGGCCAAGAGCCACUGCUUCACCUCCGACACCACCCUCAACUGCUUGGACAGCCAGGGCACCAAGGGCCACUGGGCCCUGCCCUCCCCCAGGACCCUCAAGAAAGAGCUCGCCAAAAACGGCGGCUCCAUCCACCAGCUCACCCUGCUGUUUUCGGGCCACAGGAAGCUGAGCGGAGCUGAACCCGAAUGCAGCUGUGACGAAGGGGACGAGACCUCCCGUAAGAAACGGAGCAGGAGCCUGAUCCGGGUGUCACGGCCGCGGGGAUGCCCGGGGCCGGGUCUAUUCCCCACUCCACGUGGAUCGGGGCAGGUGGAGGAGCCGCACGUGUUUGGAGCGGCGCAGGGGGUGCGAGGGGGCCGAGCGCGGCGGCUGCGUCCGCAGGCUCGACGGCUGCGCCACCCGCGCUGCUUUGCCAGCGAGUGGCACUGUUGUCCUGCGCGCUUCUUGGCUGCAGCUGCCUAUUUUUAG